AGCCCUGAGCCAGAAGAAAACAGCAGCAAGCUACUCAAUUCUGGAAUUCUUGCUUGGGAUAUUUGAUCCCCUUUUUAUACAUCAAUGACAAUUCUCGUCAUAACAACCAAGGACAAUGGCAAAUAAGAAGAAAGUAUUAGUAACAGGGUUUGAGCCUUUUGGAAAGCAUGCGGUGAACUCCAGCUGGGUGGCAGUUCAGGAACUGGAGCUAUUGGGGCUGGGCGAAGCAGUCGACCUUCAUGUGUGUGAAGUGCCUGUUGAAUACCAGGCUGUUCAGGGCCUACUGCCGUCUCUGUGGAAAGAGCACAAGCCGCAGCUGAUGGUCCACGUCGGUGUUUCUGGGUUAGCCACCACUGUCACUCUGGAGCAGUGCGGCCACAACAAGGGUUACAAGCGCCUGGACAACUGCAGCUUCUGCCCGGCUUCCCAGUGCUGCAUGGACAGCGGCCCCGAGUGCAUACAGUCUGUCCUGGACAUGGAUACAGUCUGCGGACGGGUCAAUGACUCUGGCCUCGGGGUUACUAUUUCUGUAUCUAAGGAUGCUGGACGGUAUCUGUGUGACUACACCUACUACACCUCUCUUUACCUUGGGCAGGGCCACUCUGCCUUCAUCCAUGUGCCUCCACUUGGAAAGCCCUACAGCAGCCAGGACCUGGGCAGAGCUCUUCAGGCCGCGAUACAGGAGAUGCUCAAACUGCUGGAACUGGAUCACAAACACCACCAGCACUGCAAUCACAAGCACCAACAGCAGCAUGAGCACGACUGAGUUCUAGUGCAGGAGGUGAUGACCCGAGUUAGUCAACUGUUAGCUCCAGAAAUGAAUGGCAAAAAAACCCAAUGGAAACUUGUGUCUGAACUGGGUGUUUUUAACUGUUAUCUCAAUGCCCAUUGUAAACCAUGUGUUGUAUCUUUACAAUUGUGAAGGUCUUACAAGACUACAGCAUCUGUUUAUUGUGGACCUGGUCUGGGUCUUUGCAUGAAUGGGUUUGGAUGUGUAUGCAGGAGCAGUGGGCAUCUAUCUGGAAUUCUGCCUCUGAUAAGACUGUGAAAAUAGAUGUCAACCAUUUUAAAUAUACAAAAAUGGUAUCAUGUGAAAGGGGGAUUUAUGAGACUAUAUUUAGAUAUAAUAGUAGUAUUAACAAGAUAGCUGAAACUGCAAUUUAUAAACGGUGAUAUAUUGUGGGAACACUUACGGUCACACUAACUGUUUGAGUCACAUCCUUCCCCUGCCACCCGUGUGUCUGUCCACUCACUAUUUUUAUGUGUUUAAUUUGUUUCUAGUCGUAUGAUUUACGCUGCCAUUCCCUUGCGUUGCUUGUAUUUGCACCACAGAAAUGUAAAGAUUCACACGUGAAAUGAUUUGUUUAUCUCAGGGAAUAUGUUGCACACACAAUCAAUAUUAAGUAAUUUGAUAGAUGUAAUGUCUGUCCUGAAGCUUUGCAAGUCAAAGCCAGCUCAAAGCCGAGUAGAACUAAAACACUUUCUUUAAAUACACAUUUUUUUAUUUGUCCAUGUCAGUGUGAAAUCUUCUACUGCUUGUACUUUGAGUACAACAUAUAGUUUUAUUUUAACUCUCAACAACUAAAAAAGUGUUGUUCAGUGCUUACGAAUGACUUAACAUCAUUUACGAAUGUGCCCUGUGGGCCACAAUAAACAUACUUUUGUACAUUUGUUAUAUAAUUCUUUAGAGGGAUAAUUUCAGUGUAUUGAAUGGCACUUUGACACAGAUAACACGUAAAACCUUUGUUCACCUUUUAAAUGUUAGUGUCUUAAAUAUUCACGCACACUUUCUCAAAGAUCACACACAUGAACAAUAAUAAAACAUUUAAGUGAG